AUGCACGCAACCAAAAGCAGCAGUUUUUCUGUGAGGGAUAUUCUACAAAUGCCCGGCCAUCCAACCCAGUGGUAUCAUAGCAACAGUGAUUAUGGGAUGCCUGAUGAUAAGAGAGAUUAUUACGAACAAGAGAGAGACAAAGGCAUCAAGGAAUAUGAUCAUAGUGACGUCAUAACGGGUCAUAGUGACAUAAUGACCGGUCACAAUACAUUUCAACCACCCCCUUAUUUUCACAACGAUUCGAUUAACGAACACGCCAUAGAAAGCACAUUAACGGAAGAUCAAGCGGAUGUGACGUCAUCACAGCUUACGUCAUACCCUGCUAGCGGUUCCAGCCAAUCACGAGAUGAGAAUAUUUCGCGGGAAAGUUUGGACCACGUGGUCGCUGAUGACGUCAUUAACGAUUCGUGUUUCAUACGUCACAAUGAGAAACCGACAAGCCCUGAUAGUGACGUCAUAAUGAACAAACGCGAUGAGGUAGAGAAGCGUCGAAAACGAAGGGUUUUGUUCUCGAAGCAACAAACAUACGAACUAGAUCGACGGUUUCGACAUCAAAAGUAUUUGUCGGCGCCAGAGAGGGAGGCGUUGGCGAAUACUAUCGGNGUUAACGCCCACGCAG